AUGAAGCGACAGAAUGUGCGAACUCUGUCUUUGAUUGUGGUCACAUUCACCUACCUGCUUGUUGGAGCUGCCGUGUUCGACGCCCUGGAGUCGACGAAUGAAGUGGAGGAGUCCAAACGGUUGGAGGCUGAGGAGAAGGAUCUGCGCUCCAAAUACAACAUCACCAGAGAGGAUUACGAGCGGAUUACUCAGCUGAGCAUUCAGCUGAAACCGCACAAAGCUGGCACCCAAUGGAAGUUCGCUGGAUCCUUCUACUUUGCGACGACAGUUAUCACUACUAUCGGUGAGUCUUUUAUGUGUGCGAACAUUGAACCAGACUCUUUCGAUGGAAUAUGUUAA